AGUUUCAUCGUGAACAACAAUGUAUUCAGCCACGAUAAUCAACGAUGGUGAUUUUACGAGAACUAUUUACACAUUGAUUAAAGAGAAUAAGUUCUACGAAGCCAUAAAAAUAUUACACGGCAUAUCCGAAUCGAAUUCUACGAGAGCUGGAUUAUCCCUACUUGCUUUUUGUUAUUUUUACGUUCAGGAUUUUGUUAAUGCUUCUAAUUACUACGAAAAACUCACGAAUUUAUAUCAGGAAGAUAACGAUUAUAAACUUUACUACGCUCAAUCUUUAUAUCAGGCUUGCAUGUACGAGGAAUCUUAUCAAGCCUGUAGUAAAUUGGCCGAUGUACCGGAUUAUGUGGAAAGAGUGACGAAGCUCCAGGCGGCCAUUAAAUAUAGUCAAGAGGAUGUUUUGUCGGCUAAAAAUUUAGUUGAAGCUUUAAAUACAAACGAUCCUGAUAGAGACGUCAAUUUGGGUUGUCUCUUGUAUAAAGAUGGUAAUUAUGAAGAAGCGUUAGAAAAAUUCACUGCUUCGCUUCAAAAUCAGGGUUUUAUCCCAUCAUUGGCGUACAAUGCCGCUUUGUGUUAUUAUAGAUUAAAAGAAUACGGGCCUUCACUCAAAUAUUGCGCUGAUAUAAUCGAAAAGGGCAUAAGAGAUCAUCCCGAAUUGAGCAUAGGUAUGCAAACAGAAGGCAUUGACGUUAGAUCGGUGGGUAAUACCAUCACUUUACACGAGACUUCGCUCACUGAGGCGUUCAAUUUGAAAGCUGCCAUCGAAUAUCAACUAAAAAAUUUUGAUUCUGCUAAAGAAGCACUCACAGAUAUGCCCCCGAGAGCCGAAUACGAAUUAGAUGCUGUAACUCUUCACAAUCAAGCUCUGAUGAAUUUCGAUCAAAAUCCUACUGAAGGUUUUGAAAAACUGCAAUUUCUCCUUCAACAAAACCCAUUUCCGCCUGAAACGUUUGCAAAUAUACUUUUACUGUAUUGCCAACACGAAUGCUACGAUUUAGCUGCGGAAAUUUUAGCGGAAAAUGCUCAUUUGACAUACAAAUACCUAACACCCUACAUGUUCGAAUUUUUGGACGCAAUUAUAACACAACAAACUUCACCGACUGAAGCUUAUCAAAAACUUGACGAAUUGGCUAGCCGUCACACGGAACAACUUAGAAAACUGACAAAACAAGUGCAAGAACACAGAAAUCGGAACGAUACGGAGUUAGUCAAGAAGACAGUUAUAGAUUACGAAGAAUGUUUAGAAAGAUAUAUACCAGUAUUGAUGGCGCAAGCAAAAAUUUAUUGGGAUUUAAAAAAUUAUCCUCAAGUGGAGAAAAUAUUUCGCAAAAGUGUCGAAUUCUGCAACGACAACGAUAUAUGGAGAUUAAACGUGGCUCAUGUUCUGUUCAUGCAGGAGAACAAAUUUAAGGAAGCCGCCGGAUUUUAUGAACCCUUAGUGAAGAAAAAUUAUACUGAUAUACUGAAUGUAAAUCCAAUAAUAUUGGCGAAUUUAUGCGUCUCAUAUAUAAUGACUUCGCAAAACGAAGCAGCAGAAGAUCUAAUGAGAAAAAUUGAAAAAGAAGAAGACACUAUUGCAUUUGAAGAACCAGAAAAAAAGUGUUUUCAUCAUUGUAUUGUAAAUCUCGUUAUAGGGACUCUGUACUGUUCCAAAGGAAACUACGAAUUUGGAAUAUCUAGAGUGAUAAAGUCUCUUGAACCUUAUGAUAAAAAAUUGGGUACAGACACUUGGUAUUAUGUGAAAGUCUGUUUUUGUAGCCUUAUCGGAAACCUUGCGAAACAUAUGAUUGUGUUAAAAGACAGUAUCAUCGAGGAAUGCAUCAGUUUUUUGGAAAGUUGCGAAUUUCAUGGCAAAACUGUCAGAACGGUUGUUUACAAUUCACUUUCCGACGCCAACGACACUCCUAAUGGAAAGGAAACUGUUACUUACGAGGCCAGAAAAAUUAAAUGUCUCUUAAUCAGAUUGUUUAAUGUUGAAUCAUAA